CGACGCGAGCUGCCCAAGGGCGCUCUUGCGACGCGCGGACUAGCCAGAGGGCACGCCAGCGCCGCGAAGGCAGCCCCAACCGGCGACGCGCCGCGAGGCAGCCAUGGAUAAAAGCUAUGGGAGCAACCACACCUACACGCUCCUCGACGACCAGGACGCCCUCGCGCAGCACCAAAAGCCGCAAACGAUGUGGCAGUCCCUCCGCUCCUUCUUCCUCAAGGGCAGCCACAAGUACGAGCAUCGCUUGCUGUGCGGCGCGCCGCUCGUUUUGCUAGCAUGUCUCGGCUACGCCUAUUACUUUGGGUUGGUGACGAUGCGCUGGACCGUGCUGGAGACGUCGUAUAUGUUCGCCAUUUCUGUCACUACGGUUGGAUACGGGUUACCUACUGAAAGCGAUCUGGACGACCUCGACUCGCUCCAAAAGUGGUCUUUAGUUGGUUAUAGUUUCGCGAUGGUCAUUCUAGCUGGAUGUGUGUUGGCGGCGAUUGUUGCUGCCGUGCACGAGGCCGCGGAGAACGAGUUCGAUGCUCAUCAUCAUGACGAGGAGCAGCAUAGAGCAGGGAGGUCUCGAGCCGUGGAGGCCGGAAGACGGCGAGCCAUCUUUUUGAGACAACGAGUUAGACGUCAACUCCUCGAGAUCCUCAUCCUCGCCUUCGUGGGUGUGUUUGCCAUCUCGUUCCUCGAAGAGUGGGGCUUUGCCGAUAGCAGCAUCUGGGUCGCCGAGACGGUGACAUCAUUGGGUUUUGGGGAGAUCCAGGCCGAGUCGACGGGCGGCAUGGUCUUCACGAUCGUCUACUCGUUGGUCGCGACGCUGCUGUUCGCUCGAGUUAUUGGCGUCAUCAGCGCGUAUCCCGGGCUGGAGCUCGAAAAUGCGUCGCUGUCGGAGGCGUGUGCGAAGCUGGGCUUCGCGCACGACAAGGGCCCGCGGCCAGCCAUGGACGAAGAUGUCAUAGCGGCGCUGUUUCCUACACAAGCGCCCUUGGCGCGCGGCGACGUGGCGCUGCGGGUUUUGUUGGAGUUGGGCCGCGUCGAGAAGGCCGACGUGUUGGACGCCUACGAGGUCUUCGACCGGCUGAGCGGUGGUAUGAAGGAGCUCAAUUCGGAAGCCGCGGUCCGCGCGGCGCGGGGGCUCGGGUCGAGCGAGGUGUAA